UCCAUUUUUCCCGUUAAAAUUUGGUUCUCUCUGGAGCGCGCUGCGCACCUGUCAUCCUGGUUAAAAUCCAAACCCAAAUCCACGUUUACUUGGACUGAUAGAUUGCUCCCUUUUUAUUUUCUCCUGCUUUUCUCUUUAAGGUUCUUCAGAACGACCUCGAACUCUUUCGUCGGUGAUUUCUGCUGCGAAUUACGAAAGCAACCUCCGCGCCGUUAAGGCGGAGGAACACCGUCGUACAAACCACGGAUCAAGCUACUGCUGGACGCUAAUUAUUUGAUUGUACGUACCUUGGCCAUAUUGUUGGCAGUUAGUACAAACAAUGCUUGCUGGAGUGAGGAUCAUACCCCGAGACCAGAUUGAUAAGGGUGAGAAUCUGAGUGCUCCUAAGAAAGAAAAACAAAGACAGAAGAAGAGGUCGGGUAAUAAGGAGAAUAAGUGCAGGAAGGAAAAGAAGCGCUCUCACUCUAGUAGUUCGGAUGGGGAAGAGCUUGAUAGGAUAAAGAAGGGGUCUAAAAAAAAGUGGUAUUCGUCAGACGAGUAUUCAUCAUCAUCAUCAUAUUCGUCAGGCGUUGGAAGUGAGGGAAGUUCCGACCAAGAUAGAAGGAGGAGUCAGAGUAGGAAAAAAGGUAAGAGAAGAACUGAGGAUGAUUCAGAGGAUGAGGCCAGUUAUGGGCCAAAAAGGAGAUUAAGGAGGGGAAGGAAAGAAUAUGUAUCAGAAGAUCAUUAUUCUUCUGCUUCUGAUGGUAAAGACAUUGAUAGUUCUGAUAGAAAAGAAAGGUGCAAAAACAGAAGUAAAAAAGACAGAAAGAAAAAGAGUAAGCAAAGGAGUCUAGGAGGCAUGGGGGAUGAAAAUUUACUGGUAGAUGGAGAUAGAGAACCCAAUCGUUUGAAAGAUGGGGAGAUUGCAAGGAAGGAAUUUGGCUUAGAGUGGAUGCUUAGACCUGAAGGAAAAACAGAUAGAACCCCUACAGUGAAUGUUGAGGAGCAGCCAAAGGAAACUCUGACUGAAGAGAUAAAGGUCAAUCCCAGGGAAUUAAAUCCAUAUUUAAAGGAUGACGGAUCUGGUUAUCCAGAAGAUACAGAUGAACCUAAAGCUGCUGGAAACCAACUUUUGUCUUCCUCAGUUGUUGGGGAUGGAGGUGCAAGUUGGAAACUAAAAGCUCUGAAGCGUGCAAAAGAGCAGGCGACUCGAGAAGGACGAAGGCUCCAGGAGGUUGUCGGAGAGCGUUGGGGUUCUCUUGGUCAACUGACCGUCUCCAUGGCAUCUAAUAAAGCUGCCCAAUCUCGUGCUCAUCUACAGGCUAUAAGAAGUAGACAGAAAGGGCCGAGUGAGGAACGCCAACCAGAUUCCAGCAAUCAAAGUGACAAGGAUAAUAAAAAGGACACUGGUCGGCACUACCUGAAGGAUGUAUCUUGUGGACUCCCCAAAAUGAGGGAGCCUAAAGUUCAAGAUAAAUUUUCCUGGAUGAGGCGAGGCGUUUCUACGCAGGAUUCUAGUCUUUUAGCGGAUGCAGUAGCUAGCUUAAAUAAGUUUUCAAACGAUGGAAGCUUCAUGUCUGAAGUUCUUCGUAAAAGGACUGAUGAUUUUAGUAGUCAUGCUCAUGAAAAUAUAGCAGCCACUAGCAAACCAAGUGAAGCGAGUGCUGCAUUUCAUGAACUAAGUGCGAACCAGUUGGCAGCUAAGGCUUUUCAACUUCGUAUGAAAGGAAAGCUAGAAGAAGCUGAGGAACUUCUGCAAGAAGUAGAAAACAGAAAGGCAAAGCAGGCUAGUGGAGAUAAUUCUGUGAGACCAGGAAAUGAACAGAGCACAAGCAGACAUGUUAUGCAGGAAAUGAAUCUUCGUCAGAAGAAAAAGGAGGAUGAUGCUGAUAUGCAUCUAGCUCAAAGGAUUACCCAGAACAAAAAAUACAGUAUAUCUGGUCAGGCAGAUGAUGAAUAUGACUAUGAUGAUGCUCCAAGAAAGAAGUCCAAGAAAAAGCAGGGUAGUGAUCAGAAAGUCACCCAGAACAACAGUUUUGCAACUCGAUUUGCAACGCAGCAGGAGAGAUGUUUCUUUUGUUUUGAAAAUCCGAGGAGGCCAGCGCAUCUUGUUGUGGCCAUAGCAAACUUCACAUAUUUAAUGUUGCCACAGCAGCAGCCUGUUGUGCCUGGUCACUGUUGUAUUUUACCAAUGCAGCAUGUGGCUUCCACAAGAACUGUUGACGACGAUGUGUGGCAAGAAAUUCGAAAUUUCAAGAAAUGCCUUAUUAUGAUGUUUGCAAAGCAAGAGAAGGAAGUAGUUUUUCUUGAAACUGUGAUGGGGUUGGCUCAACAACGCCGCCACUGUAUAGUUGAGUGUAUUCCUAUGCCCCAUGAAAUUGCCAAAGAGGCUCCUCUAUAUUUCAAAAAGGCAAUUGAUGAAGCUGAAGAUGAGUGGAGCCAGCACAAUGCAAAGAGACUAAUUGAUACAAGUGUGAAGGGCUUGCGUGGGUCAAUUCCAAAGGACUUUCCAUACUUCCAUGUGGAGUUUGGAUUGAAUAAAGGGUUUGUCCACGUUAUUGAUGACGAACAGCAGUUCAACAGCAGUCUUGGACUGAAUGUCAUUAGAGGCAUGCUACAAUUGCCUGAGGAAGACAUGUAUCGUCGCCGAAGACACGAGACGGUGGAGGCACAAAAGCAAGCGGUUAAGAGCUUCGAUCAAGAUUGGGCAGCUUUUGACUGGACAAAACAGCUUCACCAAUCGUAAAGCCAUAUUUUCCGAUCAUUUGCUACACAGAGUGACUUUUAAGGCGUUGGUGUAUCUUGUAACUGGGUUGUUUAAGUUGCGUUUAUCUUGAACCUCAGUAGAUUUGGUUGCCUGUGGUUUAGAAUCCUCACUGGGAAGUGGGAAGUUUCAACAUUGGAACAUUGUUUACGCUUUGAAUAUAUAGUUACAGUCUCACCUUAGUAUUAAGCAGGUUUCUGCACCUUAAAUUGUAAUAUACAUGCUGAUCUUGAUAUUUGAAGAAAUUCUAUUGGCUCCAAAUUUUAGCA